GAAUUCCGUCACCGCUUUCACGUGCUCGCACACCGCAUCUUUUUCGAAUCGGUUUCCUUCCGCAACUGCUCACUUAUAUGCUCUCACUGGCGAAUCCUCCAUCCAAAUAAGGGGAAAAGGAAGAAGGUAGCGGAUAUGGGCGUCGUGAAGGACGUGAAGUCGAAGUCCGAGCUGGACUCCGCUCUUUCCGGAGGCGCGCCGGCAGCCAUCCACUUCUGGGCGUCAUGGUGCGAGCCGUCAAAGCAGAUGGAUCAAGUUUUCUCCCACCUUUGCACCGACUUCCCUCACGUUCUCUUCUUGCGGGUUGAGGCAGAAGAACAACCGGAAAUUUCAGAUGCUUAUGCAGUGUCAGCUGUGCCAUACUUUGUCUUCUGCAAGGAUGGAAAAACUUCUGAUACACUGGAGGGUGCAAAUCCAUCUGUUCUGGCUAAUAAAGUUGCAAAAAUUGCUGGAACUAUUGAUAAUGUAGAAACAGCUGCACCUGCAAGUCUUGGGAUGGCUGCUGGUCCUACUGUUCUUGAAACAGUUAAAGAUCUGGCAAAGCAAAAUGGAUCUUCAAAAACUAAAACGACAAACGCUAUCCCCAUGGAUAAUUUGACGAGAUUACAGCAGCUUGUUGAUUCUCACCCUGUUUUCCUCUUUAUGAAAGGGACUCCCGAGCAACCUAAGUGCAAGUUUAGCCGGAAGGUAGUUGAAAUUUUGAAGAAUGAAGGGGUUGAAUUUGAAACUUUUGAUGUUCUAAUAGAUGAUGAUGUUCGUGAGGGUAUGAAGAAGUUCUCCAAUUGGCCAACUUUCCCUCAACUCUACUGCAAGGGUGAACUUCUUGGUGGGUGUGAUAUUGUAGUUGCCAUGCAUGAAAGUGGAGAAUUGAUGGAGGUGUUCAGAGAUCAUGGAAUUCCUUUUAUUUCAAAGCAGAACGUGCCAUCUCCUGGAGCUCAAGGAUCUGGGAAAGGUGGGGUAGCUGGCUCCACAACUCUCAGUGCUGAAUUAGCAUCUCGACUGGGAACCCUCAUAAACUCAAGUUCUGUUGUGCUGUUCAUGAAAGGGAAACCUGAAGAGCCUAAGUGUGGUUUUAGCAGCAAGGUUGUUGAUUUACUCAAGCAGGAGAAGGUUGAGUUUCAGAGCUUCGAUGUGCUUUCUGAUGAUGAAGUUAGGCAGGGUCUGAAAACCUUUUCCAACUGGUCUAGCUAUCCUCAGCUCUAUGUGAAAGGUCAGCUCAUUGGAGGAUCUGAUAUAGUGCUUGAGAUGCAUAAGAGUGGAGCUUUAAGGAAAGUUCUUGCAGAAAAAGGCGUCAUCCAGGAAGAAAAACUUGAGGAUCGCUUAAAGAAUCUGAUCUCAUCAUCCCCCGUAAUGCUUUUCAUGAAGGGUAAACCUGAUGCGCCCAGCUGCGGGUUCAGUUCGAAGGUUGUUAAUGCUCUGCGAGAGGAAGGAAUCAGUUUCGCAUCAUUUGAUAUUCUAUCUGAUGAGGAAGUUAGGCAAGGAUUAAAAACAUAUUCGAACUGGCCUACUUUUCCUCAGCUGUACUACAAAGGAGAAUUGAUAGGUGGCUGUGAUAUUGUCAUGGAGCUGCGUAAAGCUGGGGAGCUCAAAUCUACUCUUUCUGAGUAAAGGUAUUUUGUUUUGUUGAAGAAAUGGUUCUUUGUUAUUGUUUUGGAACCCGAUGUUGUCGGGCUGUUAUCUGAUUGAAUCGAUGUGCUUUGACUAUUGAUGAACUUUUUUAUUUUACCAUGUGGGAGUUGUGAUUAUGGAAUAUUUAGUCUAUUUCUUAAUGUUUUUUUGUUCUUGCUUACAACUUGUGUUCGGU